UACAGCUAGCUACCUGCGCUAUUCAUUUUCUUCCUACUUAUAUUCCAUUCACCUUGAUCACUUUCCAAUGGCUACUGUUGAGGUUGUGUCAGCACAGACAGCUCUUCCGGAGGAGAAAACUGAGCAAACGAUCAAGGUUGAAGAAACUAAAGCCGAAGAGGUGGUGGCUGCACCAGCUGCAACAGAGACUGUUGCUAAAGAGACAAAGGAAACAGAAACUGUUGCUCAAGAGACAAAGGAACCAGAAACUGUUGCCCAAGAGACAAAGGAACCAGAAACUGUUUCUGAAGAGAAAAAGGAACCAGAAACCGUUGCAGUAUCUGAAGAAAAAGUAGCACCGGUUCCGGAAGCUGAAGCCCCAGCAGAAGUGGAGACAAAGGAAGUGGUCGAAGAGGCCAAGGUUGUGCCUGAAGAGCCAGCAGCAGUAGAGAAAACUGAAGAGGAAACUCCUAAGGAGACUCCAGAUGAGCCAGUGGAAGAGAAGGCUAAAGAAACCACAGAAACUACUGAGCCUGAGGUACCAGCACCAGCACCAGCAGCAGAAGCAGAAGUUGAAGUUGAAGCUCCAAAAGAGGAAGUGAAGAAAGAAAAGAAGGUGGUUGAAGCUGAGGUGAAGGUUGAAACAGAAGCAGUGGUUGAGAAGACCGAGUAAUUAGAAAACCUCAAAAGAAUUAAGUUCGAAUAGUGGUGCUACUUAGUAGCCUUCUAGCUUGCAUGUCGAGUUCAAUGGCUUAAUCUAGCUUUAUUUAGUGGUUCUGGUAAUAAGACGGUUGGGCGUCUAGGUAUGGAUAUGAGUGACCCGCUUGGAUUUACCAAUGCCAACUUACCACAUGGUUCAUGGCUGACAUGAAUCACAUCACUCAAAUCUGAAUAUUCUUCAUCUUCAUCUGCCAACAUGCUUCAUUCUGAUUUUGUGUGCUAAUUGGUGUGUGGGCAGAGUUUGUUUGUUGGUGCCAAGAGUGUCAUCAAGUUUAUUUUAUGUUGCAUGUAUGUUAUAUUAUAUAAGCUCAUAUAAGAUCCUUGCUUUGCAAUAAAUAAUAAUGUAUUACUGCUUUGUUUCUUAUAAGAUCA